CUUAUUAAGUUUAUAUAUUUUAUUUUUUAUAAAAAGUUUAAUAUAAUAAAAAACUUAGUGUAUAUAUUUAUAAAGGUUAUAUUUUUAAAUUAUAGUUUAUUAAAAGAAAUUAUUUUUAAUAAAAAUAAGCCAUUUAUUUUAAAGUUUUGA